CGAAUGAUACAGUUUUGUUUUGGACCUCGAACAAAUUAAAUCUCCUUUCUGGAUUAUUAUUAUAUAAAUACAUAACAUAUUUUUGCGAAUUUUAACUCAAAUUUUGCGAAUUAUAACUCAUAAUAAGCAUCAUGUUUGACCAAACCUGGUUUUAUGCUUUGGUCGCUGGAGUAAUUUUUUAUUUCGUAUUUUUCUACAAAUCUAGAACGAACCGGUUGUUGGCUAAAUUUCCGACGCCGGCGGAAGGUCACGUCCCGCUUUUGGGGAUUAUGCCAUUUUUUCUAAGAACUCCUAGGAAUGAGCUUUUGGGUUAUAUGAGCUCCUGGGGAGAUUUUUAUGGUUCUGUCGUCAGACUAUGGUCACCUUUCGGGACGGCGUUGAUGGUUUCGGAAGCUAAAGCUGCAGAGAAAUUGUUCAACUCGCAAACAAACAUUACAAAAGGAAAUGAUUACGACUGGGUUCGUCCCUGGCUGGGUGAUGGACUUCUCAUGAGCACAGGUGAAAAAUGGGGACACCGAAGGAAAAUGCUUACUCCAGCUUUCCAUUUUAAAAUCUUGGAAGAUUUUAUGCAAGUUUUCAACGCAGAGUCGCAAAAGAUGGUUAAAAUUUUGAAGAAAGAGUGUCAAUCUGGGAAUACAUUUGAUAUCCAUCAUUUCGUUACGAGAUGUGCGUUGGACAUUAUUUGCGAAACUGCAAUGGGUACGUCCAUAAAUGCGCAAGACGUUCAUGACAGUGAUUACAUUAAAGCGAUCAACGAAUUUGGACGGCUCGCGCAGGAUCGAUCUUUCCGGCCCUGGCUACAUUUCGAAAUUCUUUGGAAACUUUCCUCCUUGUACAAAAAACAGAAAGCAAUUUUAAAAACACUUCACGGUUUCACCAAUAAAGUGAUUGCGGAAAGAAAGGCAGCAUUUUUAAGUGAGAAGAAAGCCAAGCCGUCCGAGAAAAGUGUGGACGAUUCGGAAAAUGUUUACUUUAAAACUAAAAGACGGUUAGCAUUUCUCGACCUCUUGCUCGAAGUUCAGGCUGAGAAGGGAGAACAAGAAUUAAGCGAUGUCGACAUUCGAGAAGAAACAGACACCUUCAUGUUUGAGGGACAUGACACCACCUCGUCGAAUGUGAGCUUUACCCUGUACGCGUUGGGGUGCUAUCCGCAAAUUCAAGCAAAAGUGCAUGAUGAACUCGACUCAAUUUUCGGCGAUGACAAAAAUCGUCCCGUAACGUCGGAAGAUUUGACGAGAAUGAAAUAUUUGGAAAUCGUAAUUAAGGAAUCGCUCCGUAUUUACCCGUCAGUUCCCUUUAUUCAGCGUACCUUAUCGACAGAUAUUCCGCUCGAUGACGGCAGAAUAAUGCCGAAAGGUUUGACGGUGGGAAUUUUCAUUUACAAAAUCCACAGAGACGCGAUGGCAUUUACUGACCCCGAAGAAUUUAGGCCGGAGCGUUUCCUAGCCGGAUCGCAUGAUGCGUUCGCAUUCGUCCCGUUUUCUGCCGGACCUCGAAAUUGCAUUGGUCAAAAAUUCGCCAUGAUGGAGGAGAAAGUUAUGAUUUCAACGAUUCUUCGAAGCUAUAACGUCAAAGCGAUGACACCGCCGAAAGAGUUGAAAUUAUUAUCGGAAAUGAUACUCCGAUCAGAAAAUGGACUUCCGGUGCAAUUAACGGCAAGAUAAAUAAAACAAUAUCAAGUUAUUAUUAAGGAGAUGUUGAAAAAGUUAAAAAGACUAAAAUAAAUUCCGGUGAUUUUAGAAUAUG